AUUAUCAAUUAUAAAUAGUCAGAUUGCGGAUUCAAAUGAUGAAAUCACUUGUUGUUGUUGUUGUUGUAGUUGUCGCCGUUUUAUUUGUUGGAUAUGACAUUUCAUUAUCUGAUUGAACAUGAUAUAUAUCGGAUCGUCAUCAAAUAUAAAUAAAAUUGCGUCAUAUAUGACAACAAUGACAAUAAAAAGCAAGGUAAAUUCAUCAUUGUUUCUAAAAUCGAUUCGAACCGAUACUUAUGGUAUCGAUUGUAUCGAUACUUUUAUUCGACAUAUGUAUAUAAAAUUGAAUUUUCUUGGCCAUGGCAAAAAAAAAAAAACAAAGAUUUUAUUUUUAUUGAAUGAAGUAAAUUAAAUUUACAACAAAUUAUGAAUCAAUCCAAUACAAAUAGCGUACGAUCAUCAUGUUCGAAAUGUGGAUAUCCCGGACAUUUUACAUAUCAAUGUCGUAAUUUUUUCCGUGUAAAUCCUACCGAAGAUAUUGUGCUCGAUGUUAGUUCAACAAGUUCAUUUGAUUCCGAUGAAGGUGAUACAAUAGGAGGUGGUAAACCUGUUGCAGGUGGUGGUGGUGGUGGUGCUGAAUUUGAUCCGUUUAAAAAAUCGAAAUUAAAAUCAAAAAAAAUUCGUAAAAAGCUCAAGAAGAAUAAAAAACAUAAAUCGAAACGUUUUAGUGAUGAUGAUGACGAUUAUAAAAGGAAAAAAUCCAAAAAAGUAAAAUGUAAAGAAAAGCGCAAAAAAUCUAAAAAAUUAAAAAAGAAAUCAACGAAACGUUAUAAACAUUCGGAUGAUAGUUCUUCGUCAUCGGAUGAUGAUAGUUAUGAUUCGGAUUCAUCAUCAUCUUCAUCACCUGAUCCACGACAGCCUAAACGAUUGAAAUCGAAAAAAUACAAAUUAAGAGAUCGUAGUCCAAACGCAGAUGGAGAAUGGCGUAAAAACGUCAUCCAUCGAUUUCUGAUCCAGAUCAUGAAUUCGAAUUGGCAUCAAAACCAAAAAUCAAAUCUAUUGCAAAUUUUCCACAAAAAUAUCAAAUUCCUAAUUCAUCGGAAGAUGAUGAUCAUCGAAAACAACGUAGUCGAAGUACGAGUAAGACACGUAGACGAAAACAUUCACCAGAUGAUGAUCGAAGCCGUCGCCACCAUCAUCAAAGAUCAUCAUCAAAAAAUCAUCUUGAACGAAAACGACGAUCAAGAUCAAAUUCUUCGGGCCAUGAUUAUAGAAUUCGAUCACGAAUGCAACAUAGAGAUAUUGAUGAUGAUAUGUUUUAAGGAAAUUUUCAUAUCGAUGAUUGCAUCUAUUGCAUUUUUUAUUGGCCAUUGUUUUAAUAUUUAGGAAAAAACAAAAAAUUUUUUUUUAUACAUUACAUUAAACAAAACAAAACAAAAAACAACAACAACACAUUUGUAUGAUAUCAUAUCAAAUAAAUUUAAAUAUAUAUGGUGAGAAAAUUAAAUUGAUCUUCGAUAAAAUCGUUGUGUGAAAAAUCAA